AUGGGUUCCAAGUUAAUGCAAUUAGGUCCUUGGGUACUGCCAUCAAUACAACAUGAUGCUGUUUCCGUUUAUGAUUAUAUUGGUCCCAAUGUUUUCGUUACCUUUAAUUGCCACGUCUUUCUCCAGUGGAGAAUAAUUUGCUGCCAUUUUGGGAUUGUUCUUUUCUUCCUUUUCGUUUGCAAUCCAAGACGAUAUAAAGAGAAAAAGGAGGAAGUGGCUGAACCAGAGGCUGACCCUGAACGGGAUCAGAGGACUGUAUUUGCUUACCAGAUUUGUUUGAAGGCAAAUGAAAGAGAUGUGUAUGAGUUCUUCUCAAAGGCUGGCAAGGUUCGAGACGUACGCAUUAUAAUGGACCACAAUUCAAGACGAUCCAAGGGAGUUGGUUAUAUUGAGUUCUAUGAUGCAAUGUCAGUCCCUAUGGCAAUAGCACUCUCUGGUCUUCCUCUUCUUGGUCAACCAGUUAUGGUAAAACCAUCAGAAGCAGAAAAGAAUCUGGUCCAGUCAACUACAGCAGUGGCUGGUGUAUCAGGUGGGCUUAUAGGCCCCUAUUCAGGAGGGGCCAGAAGGCUGUAUGUUGGGAAUCUGCAUUACAACAUAACUGAAGCUGAUUGGUGCGGACAUGAGGUUUUUGAAGCAUUUGGUCAAGUAGAGCUGGUGCAGUUGCCUGUUGAUGAAACUGGACAUUGCAAAGGAUAUGGCUUUGUCCAGUUUGCACGUCUUGAAGAUGCUAGAAAUGCACUGAGUCUGAAUCAACAGUUGGAGAUUGCGGGUCGGCUUAUAAAGGUUUCAGCUCUUACUGAUCAAGCUGGAAUGCAAGAUGUUGGAGCAAAUUCUGGUGAUUUUGAUGAUGAUGAAGGAGGUGGCUUGUCUCUGAAUGCACGAUCUCGAGCGCUUCUCAUGCAGAAGUUGGACCGCAGUGGCUCUGGAUCUAGCGUUGCUGGUUCCACUGGCACUCCAGUUGUCAAUAGCACAGGGCUUACUUUACCAACAGUGCCUAUUCUAGGAGCUGCACCUGCAGUAUCUCCGAUUACUCCCCUUGUUCCUGCUCUUGCUGGACUUGGUGGUUCAGGUCUUCAAGUUCCCAUUGCUACUUUGCCAACUGUUGAUACAAUUGGUGUUCCAAGCGAAUGUUUAUUAUUGAAGGAUAUGUUUGAUCCAAAUGAUGAGACGGAACCAGAUUUUGAGUUGGACAUCAAAGAAGAUGUUCAAAAUGAAUGUUUGAAGUUUGGAAAAUUGAAACAUAUAUUUGUAGACAAGAACAGUGCUGGUUUUGUGUACUUGCGAUUUGAAAAUACACAAGGUGCAGUUGCUGCACAACGUGCUCUACAUGGUAGAUGGUUUGCUGGAAAGAUGAUUACUGCAACUUAUAUGGUGCCCCAGGCAUACGAGGCUAAGUUCCCUGAUAGCAGAUAGGAUUUAUGGAUUAUGGAUGUGCAGUGAGAAGAUGGCAUUUGCAUGUCUUUGAGUUUUUUCUUGGGGAUUGGGGGGAAGAGAGAGAAGCUUUUGUAUGAUACUGUCCUUAGGUCUGGCAUAUGAAUUGCCAAUAGAUAAAAGAUUGUAAAAAGAGGUCAGAUUUAUCAUCAAGUUGUUAUUGCCAUUUGCUAUCAAAAUAUAAGGUGUUAACAUUUGUAGGCCAA